CUUAGUGAUUAAUCGUGAUUAAACACUGCGCUAGGAUGUGAUUAAUCUACUUACAUUUUUUAAUCGAUUGACAGCCCUUUUCCCCCCUACAAUACCAGCGCCACAUUUUUAGCAAAAGUAUUGGAAUGCAUUCAGUCUGGCGGAUAAAACUCUUAAAAUCCCGACAGCCUUGUAAAAACAACAGAUGCUGCUCACUCCCUUUCUGAUACUUCCUGCUUUCUGUUGGCUGAAAUGAAACCGAAAGGUUUCAGCAGUCAAAUCAGGGGAGGAGAGGCAGAGACAGGAGGAAUGAGCAUCAGAUCAGACGGAGGCGCAGCGACGUGAAGCAGCGUCAGGAACUUCAGGAGAGACUUGAUCAAAGGGCAAAACAGAGAAGGCUGGAUCUCAGAUCCCACCCUGUCUGACAUGAGUCUCCAGGUUUGCCACUGCGGUUGGUCCAAAGUUACCACUUACCAGGGCCUGAGAACUCACCAGGGGAAGAAGGGAUGCACACCCAAAGGAAUGCACAUCCCAGAGAGCAACCAGUUAGCUUUCUUUCCCCGAAGUUACAACCAACCAAGAAUAAUCAGUUCAUUUGACCUCUCUUUGGAUAUUUUAAAGACUCCUUUCAGGUUUGAACCUUCAAAAUUUGGGAACCUGGAAGCUUUCCAUGACCUGGGAACUCAUCAGGGGAUGAUGGGACCCACGCCAAAAGAUGUAAGGGUCCCAGAGAGUAUCCAGAACUUCCGGAGCAACAUUUUGGAGCAACCUAAUCAAAUGAACAACUGGUCAAAUGUGAACACUCCAGUAAAGGAGGAGAAACUGUUCAUGUCUCCAAACUUCCCCACUCAACUGAGUUAUGGGCUGACUCAAACACUAACACAGGCCAUGAACCAACGAAGUAUGGAGGACUGGCACGAUCAUAACAUGUCACCAGAUGGAAAAAAUUCUCAGCAAAUGGUUCCAACCUUGAAUACUACCGCAAAUUCAUUUGGUUCCGAGCAGAGAGAUGCAUCAUCCCCGUCAACAGAUCUGGUGAGCACUCCACCGUCACGGGUCCUGCUAACCGAGUCCGACUCCUCGCUUUUUCAGACUCCACAACCGUCCCGUCGUGGUUCUCUAUCCUCGGACAACGCCCGCAGAGGGCUUGACUUCUCUACUGUUAUUCUUAUGGCUGAUGAAGACUUGCAGAUUGUGACAAACCCACAUAAGGAUGCUGUUAGUGAAAAGAAGAAAGAAAGAGAGGCUGAAAGGCUGCUGCAGGCGCAGCAAGACAAGAUGAAGGUUCUGUUGCAGCAGAAAAUUCACAUCCGAGAGAAGAAGAUGACUGAAGUCAGAUCAGCUGUGAAAAGCUGCAAGGGUAGUUUGGAUGCUGAAUGGCUGCAGAUCUACAGUGUCUUCUCAGAGGUGAUGAAAGUUGUGGAAGAUGCUCGGAAGAAAGCUCUGGAGCCAAUCGAGAAGAGGAGACGAAAGGUAAAAAGGGAUGAACAGAAUCUCCUGCAGAAGCUGCAAGGAGAAAUUGAUAGAUUCAGAGACUCCAUCGAUGAACUGGACAGAAGCCAAGACUUGCAGGCGGUUCCACUUUCAAACCUGGAUGACUCCAAAGAGAUUAAAAAUCUAAAAGUUGACACUUCCUUCUCCUUUGGUACCCUGAAAGCAACAACAACAACCAUGAUGAAAGACAUCCAGGGGCAUCUGGAAAACCUCUCUUCCCUCGAGCUCAAAAGGAUUGCAACCUUUGCAGCGGACGUAAAGCUGGACUCAGCCACGGCCCACCAGUGCCUCGUCCUGUCCAACGACGGGAAGAGAGUGAGAGACGGAGGAGAGAAGCCGAAAGCUCCUGACAGUCCGGAGAGGUUCGACACGUUCGGCAGCGUCCUCGGGAUCAAUCGCCUGAACCGCGGCAGGUCAUACUGGGAAGUAGAGGUGAAAAACAAAAGCGGUUGGGAUCUGGGUGUGGCACGGCGGAGCGCAAACCGCAAGGGGGUGCUCAAGGUCAACACGGACAACGGUUACUGGGUGGCCGUGCAUUUUGAAGGCAGGAAGUACGCAGCCCUGACGGUACCCCCCACAAGCCUCCCGUUGAACGAGAAACCCCAAAAAGUCGGAGUGUUCGUCGACUAUGAGGAAGCCGUCGUGUCGUUUUACGACGUGACGAACAAGUCGCACAUUUUCUCGUUCACCGAGUGUCUGUUCAAUGACGACAUUUUCCCUUAUUUCAGUCCGCACCCAAAAAUGAAUGAUAAAAAUGUUGAUCCACUGAUUAUAUCUGCUGUAUAAAAGCAGAUGUCAUUAUCUGGAGUUGUAGGAUAUUCUCACCAUAAAAACCUUUGGAAAAAAUACCAUGUAAUAAUCACUGGUGUCACACGUGUGGUAACAAUUUGUAGGCAAUAAAUUGAACCAAUGUAUCUUAAUAUAUUGUAUUCUUUAUUUUUUUAAGUUGAUCUAUAUGUCGAUUUUUUCAAAUAAACAUCCAUGGCAUUCUGUUUCACCAGGUAAGAAUCAUGCUAAGCUCAGUGGCUCAGACAUUCUUCAAAAUUUGAAACAUGCAAUUCAUGUAAGGCAGACAAGCGUUGAUCUUUAUACGUCAGGAAACGGCUACAAGAGCUUAACUACUGACCUAACAGCUGGAACAAUUUUCAAACCCCAAAUGUGGCAAACAAGGUUCAAGAAAGACUAGGUGAAGGCCGAUUACUGGCAACUAGGCAACAUUUCCCCUUAUGCAACUCUUAACAUAAGGCAAAAAUGUUCGAUCGGUUUCCUUUGAAAGUGUCAGACUGACUUAACGUUUUCUCUGGUUGCUUAAAGCACCAACUGAACAACAUACACAACUAAUAGAAGGCUACUAAACAUUUCUCUCAUUCACAAGAUACAAUCAAGACCCGUUUUUCCGGAUUCAAAUAUGUCCAGUUAUGAAAAAGAGUUAUAGUCAAGGUGUGGAAGGUAAAGUAGCAUCUUUUAAAAGUUAAAGUUGGAAACAUUGUCCAAAAAUAAAACACCCAGCUGCAGGCCUAAGCAGAGAGCUAAGGUAAUUAGCCAGCCAAUAUUCCCCUGUUAUACUCUAACUUUAGAAAAAGCAGAACAGCAAAAAGGCAUUUUGCAUAAAGAAACACAACUAUGAGAGGCACCACUGGCUACUUAUUUUAACAAACUUUUUUUUUUUUUAUUAAUACUGGCGCUUCACUAUUGUCAAAAACAUUUAAACAGCAACUUAAAAAAAACAUGCAACAUCUUAACUGGAAUACUUGAAACAAUAUCAACAUAAGAAUGUCUUAAUCUGUAUAUUUUUCUUUAAAGAUGAGUAUUGUAAUUGGGAAUUUCUUCUUGUAAUCCUAUUCUGGGUUGUGGAAUGUGAUUGUGAUGUAGAUAAAAAGGGAAAACAUAAUAUAACUGCACUGUUUUAUUUUGGAGUCAAUUAAAAAUGUUCUGUUUUGUUACUUUUUUUUGAUUGCCUAUGUUGCAGAAUAUAACCCAAUUCACUUUUUCCUUGUUUUUCCUCUGUACAAUUUUGGUCACCCAUUCGUUGAUAACGUGUUGGGUUUUUUUUGCUUUCUGUCGAUCAGAUGUGAUGGUGGAAGUGGAAAUGAAACGUCAUUGUUCAAAGAAAUGCAAACUGAGCUAAAAAAAAAAAAAAAAAAAAAGUUUUUCUUCAACUGUAAAAUUGUUACAAUAAAAAGGAAGGUAUAUUUUGGACAAUAUUUUUCAUUACUUAAAUAAAUAAUGUAAUAAAUCUGUUUAGUGAAACU